AUGUCUGCUGCACAAGCCCGCCUCUCCCAGGUUUCAAGCCACCUCGGUGGCAGUAAGCAGUCCAUCCUCUCCAAAUCGCCCGACGACGUCGUCGUUACCUGUGCCAUCCGCACGCCCUUCACGAAAGGCGGCAAAGGUCUCCUGAAGGACACCGCCGCCGCGGACCUAUUGGCACUCACUUUCAAGAACCUCAUUGAGCGCUCAAGGAUAGACCCUAGUCUUGUCGAGGACAUUGCCACGGGCUGCGUGCUUGCUCCAGGAGGUGGUGCCACUGAAUACCGCGCAGCUGCUCUCGUUGCUGGCUUUCCGGAAUCGACCGCUGUCAAGUCCCUCAACAGACAAUGCUCCUCUGGUCUGCAGGCAUGUGUGGACAUUGCCAAUGCCAUCCGAGCCGGCAUGAUCGAGAUUGGCAUCGGCUCAGGUGUUGAGAGCAUGUCUUCCCAGUACGGACCCGGUGCGGUCACUGAAUUCUCCGAUCUUCUGGAAAACCACAUGCAGGCCGCAAACUGCAAGGUCCCAAUGGGUGUCCUCUCAGAACAGAUGGCAAAGGACCGCAAGAUUGCUCGCGCUGAACAAGAUGCAUUUGCCGCCUCAUCAUACCAAAAGGCUCUCAAAGCACAACAAGCCGGCCUCUUCGACGAGGAGAUCGCCCCCAUCACCGUCAAAUACACCGAUCCCAAGACCGAGGAAGAGAAGACGGUGACGGUCACAAAAGACGAUGGUGUCAGACCAGGGAUCACGGCCGAGUCCUUGGGCAAGAUUCGUCCCGCUUUCGCAAAGGAUGGCUCCAUCCAUGCUGGCAACGCUUCACAGAUCUCCGACGGUGCCGCUGCGGUCCUGCUCAUGAAACGCAGCACCGCUGAACGUCUGGGCCAACCCAUCCUGGGAAAAUUUGUGGCAGCCUCUGUGGUUGGUGUGCCGCCUUUGCUCAUGGGUAUCGGGCCGUGGAAGGCUAUCCCCGUGGCGCUCGAGAAGGCUGGUAUUUCCAAGGAUGAUGUGGACAUCUACGAGAUCAACGAGGCCUUUGCAAGCCAAUGUGUCUGGUGCGUCAAGGAACUGGGCUUGCCUUUUGAGAAGGUCAAUCCCAAGGGCGGUGCCAUUGCCUUUGGCCACCCCCUAGGCUGCACUGGCGCCCGGCAAGUGAGUACCCUCUUCACGGAGCUGAAGAGGACGGGCAAGAAGAUUGGCGUGACGAGCAUGUGCGUGGGCACGGGAAUGUAA